AAACCGCAUAUGAGCCUAGAGUUGCUCCUCGGUCUAAAUCCUGCCUGCCAGCCACACAGUCUGUCUCUCCCGUGUAUAGAAAACGUGGCGGUGCUGAGUUCCUACCCUGCGGGCGAAUAAGUGUAUUCCAGUAUCUAGUUAAGAGUAAAUGAACAAAUUGCAGCAUUUAUUCAAUAUUAAACAAAGAAAUUCUGGUGUUGACUGGCUUAAGCAAGAUCGCUCUGCUAAUCGGAGAACCAAUUCAACAAGACUUGCAAGUGCCGUAGAAGUGACGCUCUGGCCUCCACGACAGCUUAACAACGACUGGGAGCUCCAUGCUAAACGGCCCCCUUAUUAUGAGGGGGAGAUAAGACAGAUGGCAGCGCCAUCUCUCGCCAUGAUGAAACAGUACUGCUACCCCCCACCGGCAGCAGCCUCCUCCUCCCCUUCUUCCCCAUCCUCCUCCUCCCACUCCCCCUGGCGCCCCUCGGACGAUCUACCUUACCAGGGCCGUAGCAGUUUCGAAGACAUGGCCGUUGAUGAUGAGGAUGCCGAAGGAGACUAUAAUGGCACACACGAAAUCGAGGUGUGCGAGCUCAUGCCCGAGGGUCACGAGAAGGCUGACCCCAGCCAGUUCGAGCUGCUCAAGGUCUUAGGUCAAGGCUCAUUUGGCAAGGUGUUUUUGGUGCGAAAAAUUAGUGGUCAAGAUGCAGGGACCUUGUAUGCAAUGAAGGUGCUGAAGAAGGCCACACUGAAGGUGCGCGACCGAGUGCGGACAAAAAUGGAGAGAGACAUUUUAGCAGAUGUGAAUCACCCGUUUGUGGUGAAAUUACACUACGCUUUCCAGACGGAAGGAAAACUCUACCUCAUUUUGGAUUUCCUGAGAGGCGGAGAUCUCUUCACUAGAUUAUCAAAAGAGAUAAUGUUCACAGAAGAAGAUGUCAAAUUUUAUUUAGCUGAAUUAGCCUUAGCACUGGAUCACCUUCACUCGUUGGGGAUCAUCUACAGAGACUUAAAACCAGAAAACAUUCUGUUAGAUGCAGACGGCAACAUCUCCCUCACAGACUUCGGCCUAUGUAAGGAGGCUUUAGAUGACCAGAAGGCAUAUAGUUUUUGUGGUACUGUAGAAUAUAUGGCACCAGAAAUUGUUAACCGUAGAGGACACACAACUGCUGCAGACUGGUGGUCAUUUGGUGUGUUAUUGUUUGAGAUGUUGACAGGGGCAUUACCCUUCCAAGGUGUAAAUAGAAAAGAAACUAUGACGUUAAUAUUGAAAGCAAAGUUAGGAAUGCCACCGUACCUGAGCCCUGAGGCACAGUCCCUCCUCAGGGCACUAUUUAAAAGAAAUCCAGCCAAUAGAUUAGGUGCAGGACCAGAAGGAGUGGAGGAACUGAAGAGGCACCCAUUUUUUGCGUCUAUUGACUGGAACAAAUUGUAUAGUAAAGAAAUUGAACCCCCCUUCAAGCCAGCCGUGUCCAAGGCUGACGACACAUUUUAUUUUGAUCAAGAAUUCACAACAAGAACACCCAGAGAUUCUCCCGGUGUACCUCCAAGUGCAAAUGCUCAUCAGAUGUUUAAGGGAUUCAGUUUUGUAGCCCCAUUUUUAUUAGAAGAACAUGUAGAUAGUCAUGGAGUAAAGCAGUCCCAGUCAUCAGAAAAAUCAAAGCCACUUAGCAAGAGAUUAUCAGGUAUAAAACCAAAUAGUAUACACGACGAGUAUGACCUCUGUGAGGAAAUUGGGAAAGGUAGUUACAGCAUUUGCAGAAGAUGUAUUCACAGAGCCACGAGAAUAGAAUAUGCUGUCAAAAUCAUAGGGAAAAAAGCCAGGGAUUGCCAAGAGGAGAUCGAGAUACUGUACAGAUAUGGUCAUCAUUCGAACAUCAUAUCCUUAAGAGAUGUGUAUGAAGAUGAUUCACAUGUAUAUCUGGUGAUGGAGCUGAUGAAGGGAGGGGAGCUACUCGACAAAAUACUACGUCAAAAAUUUUUCUCUGAGCGGGAAGCCUCGGCUGUUCUGUUGACACUAACUCAGGCCGUCCAGUACCUGCACCAAAAUGGGGUUGUUCAUAGAGAUUUAAAGCCUUCAAAUAUAAUGUAUGCUGACAUAACUGGUAGCCCAGAAUCCCUGAGGAUCUGUGAUUUUGGCUUUGCCAAGCAACUCAGAGCAGAGAACGGGCUGCUGAUGACGCCUUGUUACACAGCAAACUUUGUCGCUCCAGAGGUGUUGAAGAAGCAGGGAUAUGAUGCGUCCUGUGAUGUCUGGAGUUUAGGCGUUCUCCUCUACACAAUGUUGGCAGGGAUUUGGUGACUAGGAUGCUCCACGUUGACCCGGGCCAGAGGCUGACCGCAGGGCAAGUGGCAUCCCAUCCUUGGCUCAUACACAGAGAGGCUCUUCCGAAUCUGCGUCUCCUCCUACAGGAUGCCUCGCUGGUCAAGGGAGCCAUUUCUGCAACUUACAGAGCCAUCAACCACACUCCACGCGCGCCAAACCUAGGCCCAGUGGCGUCCUCCGCUCUGGCCCGGCGUCGUGGGAAAUCUAGACCCAAGUCGUCCACGGAGGUCUGACAUCCGGCUGCCGGCCACACGUCCUCCUCGCAGCCCUACCCUCUAGAUCAUCAUCAUCACCAUCGUUCUUCUCAUCACCACCAUCAGGAUACGACUGCAACCGCCUCCACCUCCACCACUUCUCCUCCUCCUCCUCCCCACGUCGGUAUGGACCAAGCCUUCUUCUCCUCUCCCUCCCAGUCUGACGAGCAGAACCAAAGCCUGCUCUCCCAGCUGACCCUGGCGUCGCUGCAGGAGUCCCUUCAGGAGCCCAUGGCGCUCAGUCCCGCCAAGGACGUCGUCGUCGUCAGCCCCUUCACCUUCAGCUUCGAGGGACUCAGCCCCCUGACGUUCAACCCGCAGAUUACGAGCACGUCCUCCGUCAGCAGUGACGUCGGGAGCUGUGGCGGCGGGGGUGUUGCUGCUCCCGUGUCGAGCCACCAAGUGCAGGAGCAGAAACAGCAGCAGGAGACUGCUCAGGAACAGCAGCAGCCGCAGCAGCAACAGCAACAGCAACAGCAGAGCGGAAGAGUCAGCAAACCACGGCGCAGAUCACAUCGCCGUCAGCGCCGCCGACGCCGCGUGACUUCGACUGCCAGCUAAGGAGCAGCAGAGCAGCCAUUGGUCAAGUCUCCCAGAGCUGACGAUCCUUGCCCCUCCCCCCCACCCCCCAAAAAGAAAAA